AGGAUAAAGCGAGAAGGAGAGAAGCUUUCCGUAUUCUUCCCGAGAGAAAAACCCUAAUUUGGCCAUGGAUAAAGAGAGACAUUCCAGAAGCAGCCGCGAUCGCGAAUCUACGAAGGAACAUCAUCGUGAUCGGGAACGGGACGGGGAACGCCGGCAUCACUAUCACCACCACCACCGUGAUCGAGACGGAGAUGAGAACCGUCGUGACUCCGAUCACCACCGAUCGUCGUCGAGGCGCGAAGACAGAGCGAGCUCUCGUGACCGUGAGAGCAAGCGCGAGUCGUCGUACGAUCGGAGGGAGGAGAGGGAAGGUAGCAGAGAUAGGGUUCAGGAGAGGGAAUCUUCGAAGCGGGAGAGAUCUCGUGAGAGAGAGGGUUCAUUUGAUGAUCGGGAGGGUAAGAAGAAGGAAUUUAGCAGUAAGAGGAAGGAGAGAGAUGAAGAUAAUGUGAUUUGUGAAGGAGAAAAGAAAGCUAGGGUUUGGGAGGGAAAGAGUGAACGGAGGAGGUUUGAGGAUUCUGCUGCUAAGGAUGAAGAUAAUGUUGUGAAAAAGGGUUCUGGGGCCAAAAACGGUACCGGUGGGUUUACCAAUGGUAUCCCUUCAAAAUCAGCUUCUAUGGCAUCAGAUAGUUUACCUGAUAGUUCUUUGGUCCCUAGUGAAACCCCUUCUGCUAAGGUAUCUUCCAUUUCUACCACAAAUGAAAAUAAGGGAGUUAGUAUUGCCAGAUCUCAUGAGGUUCCUGGAAAAUCUAGUACAGAUGGAACAUCGUCAACCGCAGGGAAAAGUAGUGCAAAUUUGUCUCUUGACGCUUUAGCGAAAGCUAAGAAAGCACUACAGAUGCAAAAGGAAUUGGCUGAGAAAUUGAAGAAGAUCCCUUUGUUGAACAAGGGUGCUAAACCUACUUCUGAAGGUAGUCCACGGACAGGGGUGACAGGGACGCCCCCAUCAACCACUAUGACCUCUAUUGUCUCUGCAUCUGGUUCAUCAGCUUUACCUGCUUCAGCACAGCUACAUGCUGGUGCACCUGGCCUUGUUGGUCUCGGGGCUAUUCCCAACAUUGAAGCUGUUAAGCGUGCUCAGGAGCUUGCAGCUAAGAUGGGGUUCCGGCAGGACCCAGAAUUUGCGCCUCUGAUAAACUUGUUUCCAGGACAGGUUCCAGCAGAAGUUGCUGCUCCUCAGAAACCUACCAAGGCCCCUGUUUUGCGUGUGGAUGCACUCGGUAGGGAAAUAGAUGAACAUGGAAAUGUGGUGAAUGUGACUAAACCAACCAAUCUUAGUACAUUGAAGGUUAACAUUAACAAACAGAAGAAAGAUGCCUUUCAGAUUCUUAAACCUCAGCUUGAUGUAGAUCCGGAUUCUAACCCCCACUUCGAUCCAAGAAUGGGUAUAAAUAAGAACAAAAUUUUGAGACCAAAACGAAUGUCUUUCCAGUUUGUUGAGGAAGGUAAAUGGACGAGAGAUGCUGAAAAUUUGAAAUUAAAGACUCAAUUUGGCGAAGCCAAGGCAAAAGAGCUAAAGGUAAAACAAGCACAUCUGGCGAAGGUAAAGGAUGACAUAAAUCCAAAUUUGAUUGAGGUGUCUGAAAGGGUCAUAAAGAAGGAGAAGCCUAAGGAACUAAUCCCUGAUGUGGAGUGGUGGGAUGCAAAUAUCCUAACGGAUGGUUCAUAUGGUGACAUUGCUGAUGGUGGCAAAGUCGAAGACAAACUUAAGCUUGAGAAAAUUACUCACUAUGUUGAGCAUCCCCGUCCGAUUGAGCCUCCUGCUGAGCCAGCACCACCACCGCCUCAACCACUUAAACUGACCAAGAAGGAACAGAAGAAACUGCGAACUCAGAGGCGUCUAGCAAGAGAAAAGGAGAAGCAGGAGAUGAUCAGACAAGGCCUUGUGGAACCACCAAAACCGAAGGUCAAAAUGAGCAAUCUAAUGAAAGUUCUCGGAUCCGAAGCAACCCAGGACCCAACUAGGCUUGAGAAGGAAAUCCGUACAGCAGCAGCUGAGCGUGAGCAGGCUCACAUCGAUAGGAACACAGCCCGCAAGCUCACUCCUUCAGAGCGGCGUGAGAAGAAAGAGAGGAAGCUUUUCGAUGACCCGAAUACCGUGGAGACCAUAGUCUCAGUGUACAAGAUCAAUGAACUAUCUCAUCCCAAAGCAAGAUUCAAAGUCGAGAUGAAUGCUCGGGAAAACCGCUUGGCAGGUUGUGCUGUGAUAACAGAGGGAAUGACUGUUGUUGUGGUGGAAGGUAAAACCAAAUCAAUCAAGAGGUAUGGGAAGCUAAUGCUUAGGCGUAUAAACUGGGAGGAGGCGGUGAAAGAGGAAGAAGAUGGAGAAGAUAAAGAGGAGGAAGAGGAGAAUAAGCCCGUGAAUAAAUGCGUGUUGGUGUGGCAGGGUAGUGUUGCUAAGCCGAGCUUCAACAGGUUCCAUGUCCAUGAGUGCUUGACCGAGACCGCUGCGAAGAAAGUUUUCGUUGACGCGGGUGUGGGUCACUACUGGGACCUUUCGACCAACUACUCGGAAGAUUGAUAGACCGGAGAGAAGAUUAUCUUCGAAAGGUAACUAGUUUCUUUCUCGUUCACUUCUAUGUUCUUGGAUAAUGCCAGUGUCGCUACAGAUGGAUUUUUAUCUUUAGGGUACUUGGUGUUUUGCAUGUCUGAAGGUUCUGUUGCCACAGGGAGAACAUUUCUGGUAUUUCUUGUUUUCUUCACUCCGGUUCUAUUGCACGAUGGGUUGGCUUAACCGGGCCAAACCGGAUGACCGAUUACGUUUGGUUUCGGUUCCCCAGCGUGUGCAAUUCCCAAGAACUCGUUUAGGUGAAAUAUCGUGAGUUGAUGAUGACUUUGUCAAGCGUGAUGAUGACAUUGAAUAUCAAUUGACAACCAUUUAUAAAGGACGCCGGUUUGGUUCGUACCA